AUGGCAGUUACGUGGGGAGACGUCGCCGUGGUCGGCUGCUACGCGGCUCCGGCAUUGGGCCUCGCCGAAUUCGAGGAAUACCUGGAACGGGUGGGGGAAUGCGUGAGUACACGCCUUCUCCCCCUCCCGGUCCUGAUCGCGGGGGACUUCAACGCGAAGUCUUGCGUUUGGGGUUCCCCGCGGUCGGACGCCAGGGGUGAGGUCCUCGUCGAUUGGGCGGCAACUCUGGGCCUGUGUAUCCUGAACACAGGCCCGGAGAGCACCUGCGUGCGGUGGCAGGGGGAGUCAAUAGUUGACUUGACUCUUGCCAACCCUGCUGCCGCACGCAGAGUGUCGGGGUGGAGGGUGGAGUCGGGCCUGGAGACAUUGUCGGACCACGUCUACAUCUCCAUGGCCCUGGCUCUGCCCUUAGGGACGACCCCACCCCCUCGCCGCCCAGCCGGAGGCGGCCGACCACGGCGAUGGAGGAUUAAGGAAAUGUGCGGGGACACGCUGAUCGCUAGUCUCCUCGCGGCGACGUGGCCGGACAAAUGUCCGGCCGAAGACGUGGAGGAGGAAGCCUCCUGGCUUCGGAGCAUAGUCACGGACGCGUGUGACGCGUCGAUGCCCCGAGCCGGGAGGCCCCCAGGCCGGCGGGCCGCUUACUGGUGGUUGGAGGAGAUUGCCGAACUUCGGCGCUCCUCCGUCCGCGCCAGGAGGCGCUUUCUACGCGCCCGCCGGUCAGGAAUUGCCGCGAGGAUCGACAAUGCCUACGGGGAGUACCGUACGGCGAGGUACUCCCUAAGGCAAGCGAUCAGCCGGGCCAAAGAAGGGGCCUGGGACGAAUUCCUCCGGAGUAUAAACAGGGACCCGUGGGGGCGCCAUUACAAACUUGUUAUGGGCAGGCUCCGCCCUUGGGCGCCCCCGAUCACGGAGUCCCUACCUCCGCAGGUGAGGGAGGCGGUCAUUAACGCCCUCUUCCCAACGGGAGAGGGCGUUCCCCCCCUCACCGAGGACCGGCCUCGCGUGCACGAGGCCAAUGAGGUCCCGGAGGUUACUCCGGAGGAGAUGGCCGGGUGCUAG